AUGACCAUAUUGACCCAAAUUCUCUCGACCAGCGAGUUGGAGUUUCCUCCUCGGCUGCUACACUUCACGGUUGCUCUAUCAUCCGCCUAUGUCGUGUUCUGGAUUUUCCGUGCCUUUUACCGUUUGACAUUUCACCCGCUCGCCUCGUUUCCUGGUCCUAAAUUCGCUGGCGCUUCAUUCUGGUGGCUCUACCAAAAUGAAAAAGACGGACAUCUCGAGGAGAAUCUGAAAGCCCUGCACCAAAAAUAUGAUACUCAUAUUCUCCGCAUUGGACCAAACGAGCUGCACAUCGAUGAUGCUUCUGUCUACGACGAGAUAUACUCCCAAAAGUACCGUUUCAUGAAGGAUCCUGAUUUCUAUGCGUCCUUCAAUGCACCGAACACUAUUUUUUCUGAAGGCAUGCCAGACCCUCACCGUGAACUCCGGAAGAUCAUAAGCCCUUUUUUUUCGAAGCAACGUAUUGUCGCAGUUGAACCCACCAUCUACGCCAAAGUCAACUUAAUGUUCAACAAGAUACGUGAGUUCAAAGACCAAGGAGCUAUUCACAUGUACAACGCUAUUCGGUGCUUGACCGUGGACUUCAUAUCCGAAUACUCGUUUGGACAGUCUUUUAGUCUCUUGGAGGAUGCCAAGGACCUUGAAUUUCAUCCCGGCAUCCUCUUUGCUUUCGACAUGUCCACAGAAGUAGUAACCACCUUCCGCUAUUUUCCAAUUUUGCGACAAUUUUCAAACUUGAUGCCUCUAUCAUUAAUGGCUUUUCUUAGUCAGAAGAUUACAAAAGUCAAGGAGCUGAAAAUGGCUUUGGCAGACGCCAUGUCAUCGUUCGAUAAGGCGCGCGCAGAUGGCCAGAAAUUUGAACAUCUUCCUCUGUUCGACCCACUUUCACAUAUGUCGAAGGAGUAUAUAGAGGCCGAGAGCAUUGAUAUCAUGGUUGCUGGCUCUGACACGACUGCAACAAGCUUAGGAUAUCUAGUCAAUGCUGUUCUCAGGAAUCCUGAUAUCCUGCAAAAAUUGAGAGCCGAGCUAGAUGCUGGACUUCCAGAUAAGGACGCGAACUGGCCUUUAUUAGAGCUGGAAAAAUUCGAGUAUUUGACUGCUUGUAUCAAGGAGACGCUUCGAUGUGCAAUGCCCGUUCCAGGACGUCUUCCGCGGGUUGUUCCCAUGCCACAGCCAGGUACUCCACCGUUUAUUGUUGAUGGAAAAGUUAUCCCACCUGGGUCAACUGUCGGAAUUUCCGCUCAGUCGGUGCAUCAUAGCGAAUCUAUCUGGGGCCUAGAUAGCCAAGUGUUUAAGCCAGAAAGAUGGUUGGGACCUGAUUCGAAGCAGCUCGAGAAGUUUUUGGUCACAUUUGGGAAGGGUGGAAGGCAAUGUCUAGGAAUAAAUUUAGCCUAUGCUGAGCUGCGCAUCGCAGCGGCGAAACUGUUUAGAUGUCUGGAUAUGUCUCUCGACAGCAGUAUGACGAAGAAAGAUCUAAAUCAACUUGACCAUUUUGCAUCAGCAUAUGAGGGAACAGGUGUGCGAGUUUUCAUCCGUGGGGAACGCCCAUGA